CCCAGUUAUGACAUUUCUUCAAAUAUCGCGUGAUAAGAUCUUUCAAAUGUGGUUUCGCUUGGAAAGCAACUAGUCAUGGUGACAUCAAUAAGGAACAGGGGUUGCGUACCAUAUUUGGAUUCUGAAGGGAUUUUCCUAAGACCGAUUUCUGAUGAAAAAUAUAAAAAGGAUGUGCGGUGUGAAGCGAUAUCGCCCUUUCAGCGGAUGCAUCGGCAUCAUACUCUUGCCAGCGCGAGGAGACACAUGCUCUUCAAAAAUUUCAGCAAUCUUAUACCUAACGAUCAACUCGACUUUGUUCUCUCCUCAUCGUACAACCAGUCUGAUGAGAUUUUUCCCGACACCGUCGACGUUUAUCUCCAACCCGAAUCGCAGGGAAUCCACACCUGGAGGAGGUUAAGGAACACUAGGGAUUUGACUCCUGAUCGUGAAGAACAAGCUGCUUCCCAAAAUGUGGUUACCGAUGGCGAAUCUAGUCCAACGGAGAAGAAGAAAAAAUCUGUUAUACCCUACAGAUAUAAUUUUGCUCAUAAAGUGCUCAUUGGCGGCGUUACGGAAAAGAAACACCCCAGCAACAUCAAAUUGAUGAAUUCCUCUCACCAUAGCCCCCAGACGAAUGCAGGAUACUCUAGACAACCCUCUGAUGGAAAUGUAUAUCAAUACUGAUUUUCGAAAUUAUAAUCGUGAACUGUUA